UUGUCAGCGCAAAGGUAGGGGACAAAGGUUAAACACCGCGAGAGCUCUUGAGUACGGACGAUGUCGUCGACAGCAUCAAUGAGAAGGUCUCAACGGCACAGGGCCAAGAGCUUUAAAUCCGAACUAGAAGAUGGCGUUCAGGCUACCUACAAAGCGAUAAAGCUCAAAUCUUUGGAGAAAGAUGGUAGGUGCGCAUCAAAUAGAAUUUAUGGUGAGGAUUACGAAGAUGAUGGCGAGAAAGCGGUUGAUGAAGUAGAGGAGGAGCUUACAGAAACUGAUUCAGCCUCUGAAGAACAACACCCAAAGAGAACAACGAAGAAAAGUGCCAGAAAUCGAGUCGAACAAGUUUCAGACGGAGACACUGGUGACGCUGGAAGACAGGAGGAGGAGGAAGAGGAGGGGGAAGAUGGUGUGGGUGAGGACGGUGUUCACGGUCGGUGGAGACACUAUCACUCUCUCUGCUCCCGUCUCCCCGGGAGAGAGAGACAGAUUCAACUCCUACUCUCUCUUCUAGGAGAGCCUCGCCAGCUGACCUGUCCAGCUCUGUAUGUGUACGGAAACACAUCAACGGGGAAGACCCUCGUCCUCAAGACUAUCUUGAGCUCUCUGCAGGUUCCUCACGCUUUUGUCAACUGCAUAGAGUGCUACUCCCCUAAGCUUCUCUACGGAACGAUACUCGCCCAUUUGAUGGGGGACACUUCGGGCUACGUCAGAUGCGACAGUAUGCCCAGUUUCAUACGCUCCCUGCAGAGUUUCGCGGAUGAGAGAACGGCCGAAACUAUGUACAUUGUCUUGGACAAGGCAGAGAGGUUGAGGGAAAUGAACGCUACUCUUCUCCCUUCCCUCCUCCGGCUCUCCGAACUGACCCAUCGUCAGGUGUGCACCAUUCUAGUGAGUGAGCUUGUGUGGGAGAAGCUGGCAAUGUCUGCUGGAGGGCUCCGUCCUUAUCCUCUCCAUUUCCCUCAGUACACGAGGGAGUCUGAUUGUAUAGUAUUAUAUAACAGUGAAAGUUUUUGCAGUUCGGCAGCAAACGAGAAUUUCACCGAGACCUGCAAUAUGGAAGGUGAAGUCCUGGCUAUUAUGUCUCUGGACUGUCCCGAGGGGGAGCCCCUGUCAUUUUACAGGACGUUCGUCAACCACGUGUGGAACGUGUUCCAGUACGUCUGCAGGGACCUCGGAGAGCUCAGAUACCUGAGUUCGCUGCUGUAUCCCAAGUAUUGCGAACCUGUUGAGAGUGGCGAGACUAGUAGACAAGAGACCAGGAAACUGUGGAGACACAUUGAGCCAUAUUUUAGAGGUGUCAUGAGCAAGAUACACCUGCGAGAGAUAUCCAGUGCUCAGUGGGUGAAGGCUCAAGUGCAGAUGGACAGUGGGGAGACCUCGACGUCCCUAGCUCAAGGUGUCCCCCAGUCAAAGGCUGUGCUGGAACUGCCAUAUUUCUCCAAAUACCUUCUCAUAGCAUCGUAUCUUGCUUCCUACAACCCGUCCAAAACUGACAAGAAGUUCUUUUCAAAGCAAAAACAAGCCCGCACUCGAAAAUCAAAGAAACCACGAAAAGAGAAGCCUAACCAUCAGUUGUUGGGACCCAAACCUUUCCCCCUGGACCGUCUGAUGGCCAUCUUCUACUCCAUUCUGGAAGAGGCUGUGGCACCCUCUGCUGAUAUCUACUCUCAGGUUAAUUGAUUUGUGUAAUGGACCGCACGGGUUUUUUUGCUUGUGCAAAGGCCUGCAGACCUGCUCGCCUUCUUUGCUCAGCAAAACAAGAUGCAUUCGUUCGCACUACCCAAGGAUUGUUCUAGAGAAGAAUAUCGAGAGGAUCACAUUUUAUCUCAAGGGGACCGGUGUUUAGGAGGGGGAACAUUUGCAAUCCCCCCAACCCUAGCUGGACACAUCUUUUGAUGUGGGUUCUCUCAGAACUGAUAGAGUAGUGAAAUUCUCUCAGAAGUGAGAUUCUCUGCUGAUGGGAGGAAGACUGUCUGACAACUGGGUGUUGAUCUGUGGUUGUUCCUGGGGCAUCAUUCCCUAACUUGUCACCUCAUUGAGUGGAGGUGUCUAUAAGACCAUUUCCGCUGGAGUGUUAGUGUGCUAAUCCUUCUCUGAAACUAUUGAUGGAGCAGAGACUCUUAACUACUUUUAGUGAAUGACUUCAUUGUCAUAAACACCACACACUGCAUCCUUUAGCUAAUAGCUGUUUAGAUCGAAUAGUGGUGCAUGUUGUAUGCAAUUUAUAAGGACAG